GCUGUCCUCUUCCGUUUGCCUCCUUCACUGUUGCCAUUUGGUGGACCUCCACCGUCGUCGUCAAGUUGCGGCGCUAUCCUGCGUGUCGUUGAUGGCCGACCUCUAUCGCAGGCUUCCUGUGCUGCUCCUGGUCGUUAUUUUGCUUGUCGUCGUCGUCGUCCUGUUCCACAUGUGCAUCAACCUUAAGGUGCCUGGCCGUACACGCAGGAGGCGUUCAGCGAAGAAGGGUGUCGACAUGCACGACUGGCAGCCGAAGAGCAGCGCGUUGUUCGACUCCCCCACCGCUCACCACGUGCAGCACAGCAGUGCUCGAAAGUCACAGCAGUACGAUCCGUCUGCGUACGCGCACUUACCGUCGCACGAAAUUCCGCUGCUGCUGACGGACGACGAGGCGGAGGAGGUAGGAUCUCGCACCGUGACGCCCGGGAGCGGAUCGACGCAAGAUUGGGCGGGGAGCUUUUCUUUGGAAGUUGGCAAACGGCAUCCCGACAAUUGUACACACAACUGCUCGAAGAAGCUUCGUGGAGAUCAGGAAGACGUGAUAACGAGGGGGGUUCGACAGCUGCAUGUCGGCGGAAGCGAUGCAGAUAAAGAGGCAGCGGUGGAAGUAGACGACUUCGAAGACAUCGACGAGGAAGACGAGGACGACGAAGAGGCCGCUGUGGACAUUUGGCCUCAAUUCAAGAAGGUGCAUAUGUUCAUGCAGGAGUCCGGAAAACCGGACUACUUCCAGCUGAUGGGCAAGGAAAGGAGAUCACAUGGAUUCAACUUCGUAAUGGAGCGGGCGGUGUAUGAGGAGACCAAGGGAUCGACAUUGAAGAAUCACACCAUCCAUCCGAGGAACGUCGCUGACACGGGUGCGGCGGGUGGUGUUGAAAUGUCAUCCGACUCGGGGGGGGGAAGAGGCGAUGGCGGGGGCGUGGGCGACGUACGUGGUGAGCCACAUGAAGAAGAGGAUGGGUCGACUAGAGGUUCUUCGUUUAGAACGGGUAGCACUGUGGGGUUGGCGAAAAGGAAGAACAUGAGGGAGCAAACAUUCGAGGCGUUGACGGACGUAAUGGAACAGCACGACACACUGAUGGCGACGACCUUGGAGAGUGUGAGCAAGAGGCAAUGCUCGAUGUUGAUGCGGCAGUGCGAGAUCAUGGAAUCCGAGGUGGACGCCCCCCCAAAAAAACUAUGAGGCGUCCGAUGAUGUCAACAAGCUCAUGUGCCACGCCCUCAUGGAAAUUGCGAAGGCUAUCCGGGAGAGAUAGCCUUCUAUAAGUUGCAUCCACGAGCCGAUGCGCACCCCCGUC